CCCAGUGUAAUACAUAACACAAUUUUCCAACACCUUGUCGAGUACGAACCCUUUGAAGUAAAGACAGCACACGCUACUACACGGCACAAUCAAGUUGCAUAUUUACCACUUCCCCCUGCAUUCAAUAGUGACUUAAUUCAUAAAUUCCUUAUUUUUGAUUUUGACAGGAAAUAUAAAGGCCUUAUAGGGUUAGAUCUACUAAAAACACUAUCUUGUAAUAUUGAUAUUAAAAAUAGGCUUUUACAUACCGCCAACUCAAGUAUUCCUAUUGCGUUCGAUUACCCAAGUAAGAAAAUAACAAUAGAGCCAAGAUGCGAAAAAAUUAUAUUAGUAAAAACCAAUUAUGCAGACGGUCAGUACAUUCAAGAUGAGUUCAUAUGGUGUAACGGCUUAAAAUCCCCCACCGCAAUAGUCGAAGUAAGAGAAGGUCAAUUUAGAACAUCUGUUAUUAACUUUAAUUCCGAGAAAAGAAUAAUAGCCAACAAUGAAAAGUUUGUUUUAGAACCAUACUUUGAGUAUACAGAGGUUUGUAAUUUAAAUCAUAUACAGGGAAGUUCAGACAUAGAUAAAGAGUUAUGUGACAACUUAGGCAAAAUUAGAACGGAACAUAUGAACGAAGAAGAGCAACGCGAGAUAAAUAGGAUUUGCUACCUUUAUAGAGACAUUUUCUACUCAGAAAACAUUCCACUUUCCUUCACACAUACUGUUAAACAUCAGCUAAGAUUGACAGACCAGACUCCAAUUUUUGUUAGAAGUUAUAGGCAACCCCCUCAGGAACGCAAAGAAAUACAAAAUCAAGUAGAUAACCUUUUAAAACAGGGUAUUAUUCGUGAAAGUAUAUCUCCAUGGUCAUGUCCUGUACAUAUCGUCCCGAAGAAACCAGACGCAUCAGGAAAAGUAAAAUGGAGGUUAGUCAUUGACUAUAGAAGGCUAAACGAUCGAAUAGUAGAAGACAAGUACCCGUUACCUAAUAUAUAUGACAUACUAGACAGACUAGGACGCGCGCAAUAUUUUACAACACUUGAUUUAGCAAGCGGUUAUCAUCAGGUGGAAAUGCACCCCGAUGAUAUAGAAAAAACUGCUUUUACCACCGAGAGAGGACACUACGAAUUUCUUAGGAUGCCAUUUGGUUUAAAGAAUGCACCUAGUACUUUCCAGAGACUUAUGGAUCACAUCCUUAGAGGUAUAGAUAACGUGUUCACUUACUUAGAUGACGUCAUAAUUAUAUCUACGUCAUUACAGGAACAUAUGGAAAAGCUCAAACAGGUUUUUGAUAGAUUUAAAAUACACAACCUUAAAAUUCAGUUAGAUAAGUCGGAAUUUUUGCGUAAACACGUCACAUUUUUAGGACAUGAACUCACUGAUCAAGGUCUCAAACCGAACCAAGACAAAAUCAAAGCGGUUUUGAAUUUUCCAUUACCUGAGACACAAAAAGACAUUAAGAGCUUUCUAGGACUCGUAGGCUAUUACAGAAAGUUUAUAAAAGACUUUGCCAAGCUUACUAAACCGAUGACCUUAUGUCUUAAGAAAAAGAGCAAAGUAAUACACUCCCCGGAAUUUUUAGAAUGUUUCAAUAAAUGCAAACAAAUUUUGACCAAUGCACCUAUUUUACAGUAUCCAAAUUUUGACGAGUCUUUUAUAUUAACAACAGAUGCGUCAGACGUAGCCCUUGGUGCAGUAUUGUCUCAAGGAAAACUAGGCUCAGAUAAGCCAGUGGCAUACGCAUCAAGAACUCUUUCCGAUACAGAAGCCCGAUAUUCCACCAUAGAAAAAGAACUUUUAGCCAUCGUCUGGGGAGCAGUACAGGAUAACGUACCUGCGGAUAAUAAUGACAGUAUUAGCGAUAAUAAUAGCACUAACGACAAUAACGUGACAGUUAGACCUAACAUAUUACAUAACCCAGACACUGAAUCUGACAGUAUGAGCGUCGUGUCACUGGACCCUGAUAAUUUAGUUUCAACAAACUAUACCCAGCCUGAUAACGAAAAUAACGGAAUACCAAUCUUAUCAGAUGCUAUAGACAGACAAUUAAAGCAAUUUCAUAUUAGGUCAACCCCAGGUUCCACAUAUAGAGUAGAAAAUAGGUCAACUAACUCUAGAACGGAUUAUGUUAUCAAACACAAAAUGCAAGCCGAAGCUGUACAAGAAUGCGUUACGGCGCACAUGGCGAAAAACAAGGAGCAGGUAAUAGCGAAGCGGAACCAGGCAGCAGAAGAAAUAACAUUCAAGGUAGGUGAAACAGUUUACAAACAGGUGGCCAAAACAGCGAGAAACGACAAAACCAAACCGGUUUUCAAAGGACCCUAUAAAAUCAUCCAUUUUCAUCCAAACAGUGUAGCAGAAAUUAUAGGAAAUCACCCUAAUUCUAAGUCGAUCCGGGCUCACUUCAAACUUCUACGAAGGCCUCAUCUUGUUCCAGGACAAUCAUCCUCGGAGCCUUCGUGUUCCAGGACAGAAAGGUCUAUCAGCGUUAAAGCUUAUAGUACAGAACAUUCGCUAACAUUUAUACUAGAAAUCCCGUCCAUUCAACCCACUACAUAUGAUUAUAUACAUAUCUACUCCCUACCCAACAACCGUAACCUUACCAUUAUACCAAAAUCCAAAUUCCUUGCACUUGGAAGCGAUGAGUACGCUUAUCUAGAAGAAAACUGCAAGAAGAUAGCUGAAGACACCCAGCUCUGCAAAGCAUUAGACACGAGAUCAAUAGAGAAGUCAGAAGAUUGCAUCAUUUCACUCAUUAAACAGAAACCUGGUAACUGUACUCAUGCUCGUAUACACCUGAAACGAGGAAAACUACAGAAGAUUCAAGAAAAUACAUGGCUUAUAGUAUCAAAUGAACCGGAAGUUGUGAAAACGCAGUGCGGCCAGAAAACCGAAUAUAAAAAAUUAGCAGGAACAUUCCUCGCCAACCUAACAGAGGACUGUCAAAUUAACCCAGAUAAGCCUACUGUCCUAUAUUUAGGACAGUAG